CGCUCGUGUGCAUGCGCUAAGUAAUUGAUCAUUCGACGGAUUCUUGUCUCUCCGCAGCUCUUUACCGCUUCGAUCCUCGUAGGCAUUCUGAGAGCUAUUUUCAAUUGAAUUUCUGUUCAAGGAGUGAUUCAAUAUGGCGGGGACCGACUCCCCCGCACCGCGCAUACCACUCGACCCGAAGGAGCAGCCGAUCCUUGACAAACUGCUGGCCGUCCGGGGAAGCUUGGAACUGCUGAAGCAAGACCGUGGAAACUAUGUCAAGAGCGAGGAUGUUAUUAGAUGCUACGAUCAAGUCAUUGAGCAAGUGGAAAUACUGAACAACAUGCGGACGGAGAAGCGGUUGGAGCAGAACAGAGUUGACUAUGUUUUGGACGACUGCCUUCAGCUCAUAUCGUUAGCGUUCAUGACGGUUGGGAGGACCCAUGAAGCUCCAGCGCUAUACGCAUUUGUAUCGACAGCGAAACGCCUUCUUGACCAUCUGAAGGAAGCAAUGUUCUACUCUAACAAGGACCUCGAAUCCAUCAAGCUCAACCUAUCGAUAUGCCGGCAGUACAUCGAACGAGGGAGAGAGACCCACAGUCCACACUUGUUGACUCUCCUUGAGGCGCGUAUCCAACUUUGUGAGCAGCGACUUGCCGAGCUACAGCUCAACCUGUCACACCUCACCGACGACCUUCGGCCUGAAUACGAGAAGCUUGUCUCUAUACUCAGGACGCUAUGUGCUUGCAACACCAGAUCAAAGUUUCCGCACGAGGAAGUUGACGACUUUCUUGAGCAGCUGAAGGAGCUUCAGGAGAAAUUACGAGCGCAUGGGAUCAAAGCAUUUGAGAGCGAUGGAACCAAGGAAGAUAAGCUGGCUGAGAUGGCAGCGAAGCUGAGACUCGCAAUUGAGCACCCUGAGCCGGAACCGGAAGCGGAUAAGCUCAUCGAGACGUUACUGCAGCGGUGUUUUGUAUGGAUAUCGAUCAUGAAGAAGAAGGAAGGAAGAAUCGCACCCAAUUUCAAGAAAACCUACGACAAGCUUCUGAAUAUCCGAAAUCAGCUCCAGAAGCUUAGUCUUACGCAAGCAUGGUCGAUGCGGGAAACCGAUCUUUGGGGUUACCAACGCCAACUGGACCGGAUCGAUGAGGCGCGGGUAGACGGGAAUUUUGUUGACGAGCUCGGGAGGCCUGCCGAGUUAUACGAGCAAAGGACGCUGCUGUAUCUCCUUCGAAAGAGUUACGCUCUAAUUUACCAGCUGCUGUUGGCUUCGGAGCCGGUCUCAGAGGCGCUGAAACCAAUCUACAACCAACUCUCGACGUUGAAGAGAUGUUUGACUGAGGUCAAGAACCUUGGCGGGGUGUCUCAUCCCAGAGAGCUUUGGCCCUACAGCAUGAAACUCACCUCAAUCGACGACAUGCGAGUGGAUGGAAAGUUCAUGAUCGGCAACGACAUACCCGAGGGUCAGGGCAGUGUGAUACAACUUCUUGAAGAGUGCUUCCAGCUCGUCUACGACCUUCGGAUGGAGGCGGAGGAACGAGCGGCCGAGGAACGAGGGAACUCGUCGGGAUCGGAGUCAGAUGCGAAGGUCGAAUUGAAGAAGGAUGAUUUGGGUUCGGCUGCUAGUGAGGCCAGCGAGACGAGCGACGAGAGGCAAACAGUCUAGAGUGCCCGCACGGUUAGGUGACGGCAAUCAGCAAUCAGUGGCAUUUCUCAUCUUUGGGCAGGGGGGCGUCAGGUGAUCCUGUAGGGGAGUACGGAAGGUCGCUUGCUUGGGCAGCUUUUCUGGGGUCUUUGUUUACUGCGUCAAAUGUUAUCCGGGUGGCUGUCUCAAGACGAUCUUCCCCGUAUGUUUUUCUAGCGCUGUAUGCCUACUCGUUGAACGGCCAUUGACCUUUCUUCAUUGCUUAUACUUUUCGGAGGCGAGUUUAGUCGAGCUGGAUUUGGUUGAGCUGGUUGAUAUCUUCAUCCACGACGUUGACGGAGGGGGCGUCGACGUCCUUGAAGGUCAGAUGGCUGCCGUAGGAUAUGCCUAGUCAUCGUAUGAGAAACGUUUGUUAUCUUGCUCU